CUGAGCUACAACGCACAGAUCCAAUGCACAUCGAGAACCUGCAAAUUCAGCCCGAAUCAUCCCCCUACGUGCGUGCCCCCGAGGUGCACGCAGACCUGCUGGCAGUAUCGCCAAUUCCCCGAGCAAUACUCGCCGAACGUCAAUUCCUACUGCCCCUCAUGUUCUAGCAGAUGA